ACGGCGGUGUUUUCAAAAAGUCGCCAGUUACGUGAUUUGAAGAAGCUGUGUCGUUGAUUACGGAUAGGAUAAGGAAAUGCGACUCAGUCGUUGCAAAUUUGGCUGUGUUGGUUCAAGCAAAUAGAAGUUGGUUCAUUCCGUGGUGGUGUGGCAAUCCACUAUCACCAUGCCGUCGAUGGCCAGCACGGUGGGCGGCACCAAGUUCGGCACGCCGCAGAAGCUGACGGACACGGUGGGACGGCUAUCGGGCCGCCUAGCCCGCGGCAAGGGCACGCAGACCAAGUGCGUCGACUCCGUGGCGGCCAGCUUCGCGCUGAGCACCAAGCACCGCCUGCUGGCCGUCAGCCCGGACGACACCGACACGCGCAGCCUGCACGCGCUGGUGCUGACGUUUGACGCGGACGGCGAGAGGCUGCUGAUCGGCACGGCUCAGGGCGCCGUCUACAAGGUCGACCUGCUCGCCUUCAGGUUCCAUCUGAUAGCGUACGUGCCGGACGUGAUCACGUGCCUGACGGUGCUGGCCGGCGAGGCGGAACGCUACGUGGUCGUCGGUCAAAAGAACGGCCACCUGCUCAGCAUCAACGAGGUGACGCACGAGCGGGCUGGCCAGCGGGGGGCGCACAGCGGCGCCCUGCUUGGCCUCUGCGCCGGCCAGGCGGCCACCGUCUGCAGCUACUCCCGCAACGAAGCGUUCGUCUGGCGCGGCGGUGAGCUGCGCAAGCUCUACCAGCUCCACCUCAACAGCAGCGCGUUCAUCGUCAAGAUGUCGUUCCUGUCGGACUCGACGCUGCUGGGCGCGUUCGCCGACGACUCGGUGUACGUCUGGUGCCUGGAGAGCCUGCGGGUGGCGCACGAGGUGCUCCAGGACUGUGACUUGUUCUACGCGGCCGGCAAGACGAGCCAGGUGUUCGAGUUCAGCCUGGCCGAGUCGCGCGUCACGCGAAUCUUCUCGUUGCCGGAGGGCAGCGGCCACGUGGCCCAGCUGCUGGUGUUCCCCGGACCGUUCCUUGGACAGAUCCUGGGCGUGCUGCUGGAGAGUGGAGUGGUCAAGUUCAUCCACACGGAGACGGGCCGGGUCGUGCAGAGUCUGAACAACGCCCGGCAUAGCAUCGCGCACACCGUCGCCAGCCGGUCGGGCCUGUUCCUGGCCUGCCUGCUCGACUCGGGCCAGAUCUGCCUGCAUCAUAGCACCGGUGACGUGUUCCGCCGUAUCGUGCUGCCUGAGGUGUUCUACGACAACAAGCCGCGCGUCACGCUGGUCGACGACUCGGCCACGCGGCGCGGCAAGACGCCGCUGCUGAACACGGCGCGGCUGGCGCCGAUCGUGCGCGAGCAGGGCGAGUUCCCGGCCCAGUACCGGCAGCUGAUCUGGCGCCACGUGCUGGAGCUGCCCGGCGCGCACGCGCUGUACGUGACGCUGUCCGAGCGCGGCCAGCACCCGGCCUGGAGGCACGCGGCGCAGCGCUACCCGGUCAGGGAGGUGGCCGUCGCCAGAGUGCUGGCCAGCACACUCUCGGCGCUGGCCUGGUGGUGCCCCCUGUUCGCCGAGGUCGAGUUCCUCCCCUACUUCGUGUUCCCCUUCUGUAGCGUGUUCUCGGCCGACCCGCUGGCCGCCCUCGAGACGGUCAUCACGCUGCUCGUAAACUGGUGCCAGCGGUGGUUCGAGUUCUUCCCGUACCCGCCCAUCUCGGUGCUGGGCAUGGUGGAGAACAUGCUGGCGCACCACUGCCCCGAGCUGCUGCGACACUACAUGGAGCUGGGCGUCACCGCGCACGUGUACGGCUGGCCCCUGCUCGAGACCGCCUUCUCCGAGGUGUUCACCCAGAACGACUGGCUGGUGGCCUGGGACCACAUCCUGACCAACGACCCGUCCUACAUGCUGGCCGUCGUCAUCUCCUACAACGCCGUCUCGCAAGCGGCUCUGCUGCGCUGCAAGACGGCCGACGACAUCAGCUACUACUUCCGAAACCAGAACGUGGUGAGCGUGCGGCACGUGGUACGGCGCGCCUACGUCAUCCACGAGUCGACUCCGGCUGACAUCCACCCGCGCGGCUUCAUGGAGAAAUUCGAGGCCAUCGGCGCCGAGGCCUACCCCGUCUUCAACAAGUACCCGACCUUCAUCGUCAACCACCAGCUGGAGGAGCGGGAGCGGAUCGGGCGCGAGCACCAGGCCUUCCUGGAGGAGCGGGGUGCCACCGCCAGGCUAGCGCAGGAGAUGGCUGACAACCGCUCCCGGCACAAACAGUGGGCCGACAAACUGGCCUACCUCAAAGAGGCGGAGACGGCGCACCGCGAGAUGCUGCGCAUGUCGGAGAGCAAGCUGGCGGCUCAGCGGCGGCGUCUGGCGGUGCUGCAGCAGGCGCUGCGCCAGCGCGGCCGGGCCGAGCGUGACUCGGAGCGCUCGCGGUCGCUGCUGCGCCAGACCACCGAGAAGGAGCUGCUCAUUGGUCGGCUGCAGGAUGAGAUCAAGAAGCGGAAGCGGGAGUCGGACGCCAUCUCGUCGCAGCUGCACCAGGAGGAGCGGGCCGGCGCGCCGUCUUCGGAGGAGGAGCCCCCACCCACCGUGCCGGGCACGGUGGACGCCGACAUCGGGGAGCUGGAGCGCGAGAUUGACGAGAUCGCCGCUGACGUGGCCUCGCUGGCGCGCGUCUCGGCCACGGCUGAGCCGCAGGAGCGCUUCGGCUCCGUCUGCUCCGUGUCCACGUGGAACUCACGCUCGGCACCGGACCGCGUGCGCGAGCAGCUGGUGAACAAGUGGCGCGGCGAGGACCGCUCCAGCGCCAGCGGCCGCUCGCUGCGCACCUCCAGGUCUCAUCUGCAGCAGACGGCGGCGCAGCGGCGCCAGACGGGCAGCAAGCAGCGAAGCCGGCAGACCAUGCCGCCGCGCCGCCAGACCAGCUUCCGCAGCAUGCUGUGA